AUGCUGAACAUUCGUUCGAUCGGUGUGCUCACAUGCCUUAUCCAAGCCACCGUGUGGGGCUGGCCAUGGAGUGCACACAGAGAUGGCACUUGUCUCAAGGGUAUAGUGCCGAAGCGCGAAGUGUUUUAUGUUGGUGGCCAAUACACCAUAGUAGGGCAGAUCUACGUUGAGAAACUCUCCCCUCAUCCAGCACCCGCUGAUGCGCCGCUACCUAUCGUCUUCAUUGCAGGCGCGGCUCAGAGCGGUACUAACUUCCUGGACACCCCAGAUGGGCGCCCUGGAUGGGCGUCCUUCUUUCUCUCGAAAGGCCACACGGUGUACCUCUCAGAUCAGCCCUCGCGUGGCCGGUCCUUCUGGCUUCCCGGCCAGGGCACACUUGGGACGAUUGGUUCCCCCGACGCUGUCUCCGAUAUCUUCACCGAUGUAGCCAACAAUGGCAAUCAAUGGGCACAGGCAAAACUUCACACCCAAUGGCCUGGGACUGGCCGUAUCGGCGACUCGGCCUUCGAUUCAUUCUACCGGAGUCAACUCCAGUUUCAGACUGACCGCUUCAUAAGUGAGGAACAAAACGCGCGGGCGUAUGCAGCCCUUGUCGACCUCGUUGGAGAGUGCUAUAUCAUCAGCCAUUCUCAAGCAGGCGCAUAUGGCUGGAGGGUCGGUGACAUGCGCUCAGACCUUGUCAAGGGUAUUGUACAGCUUGAGCCGUCGGGCCCGCCGUUUACUCUUCGGCCGCCUUUCGGGAGCGAUCCAGCUUUUGCUUUCGGUCUCACCGACCUUGAGAUUGCGUAUGAACCGCCCGCAGGUAUAAAUGCAGAGGAGAUCGAAACAGUCAUUGAGCCCGCUAUCGACGCCGAGCACAACGAGUGUAUCAUGCAGGGGUCUCCAGCAAAGCAAUUGACGAAUCUGGCCAAGAUUCCGGAGCUCGUCGUCACCGGCGAAGCCUCUUUUCAUGCGCCGUAUGACUACUGCACGGUCAAGUACCUGAGACAAGUUGGUGUAGACGUCGAGUACGCUGAUCUCGGGAAGGAGGGAAUACAUGGUAACGGACAUAUGUUCUUCAUGGAGGAGAACAACAUCGAGAUCGCAGAACGCGUGUACCAGUGGUUGGAAAGGCAUUAG